GCGCGCUCCGGGGCUGUUUCACGGUGGGUCUCAGAUCACCGAGUUCUCAUAACCUCAGCGGGCACCGACCAGACCCGCCUCAGAACCAGCCCCAGAACCAGCCCCAGAACCAGCCCCAGAACCCCCCAAAAACCAGGUCUGACCCAGGACUAACCCCGCGCCUGGUUCGGCCCCACUUCCGUCCAGAAUGCUGCGCGUGCUGAUCGUCGGGGCCGGACUCACCGGGAGCCUUUGCGCAUGCCUGUUGAAGCGCGCGCUGCAGAACCGCGUGCACAUCCAGGUGUGGGACAAGGCCCGCGGGACAGGAGGCCGCAUGUCGACGUCUCGUUUCUCAGAGUGCGUGGCCGCAGACAUCGGGGCUCAGUACGUCACAGCCACAGAGUUUUACAAAAAGAAGCACCACAGUCUGUACGAGGAGCUCAUCUCCGCUGGCGUUCUGGUGCCCAUGAGCUGCUCUGUGGAGGGUCUGCAGCAGAAGGACCAGUCUGAGAACUUCAUAAGCCCCAAAGGAAUCAGCCACAUCGUCAAACACUUCCUCCAACAGUCAGAGGCGGAGGUGCAGCUGCAGCGUCACGUGACCUCAGUGUCACGCCGCGGUGCGUUGUGGGAGGUGGAGUUCUCUGAGGGUCAGAGCGAGUCCUUCGACGCCGUUGUCCUGACGAUGCCUGUGCCCCAAAUCCUGCAGCUCCGAGGAGACGUCAGCCGCUUACUGUCCGAGCAGCAGGUGGCGCUCCUCUCUCAGGUCCAGUACUCGUCCCGGUUCGCUCUGGUGCUGUUCUUCUCCAAAAACCCGGGUCUAGGCCUGGACUACGGCCUUAAGUACGUCUCCGACAACCACUGCAUCAGAUACAUCUCUGUAGAGCACCAGAAACGCGGCACAGACCUCUCAGACCUUGGUCCCAGUCUCGUGGUCCACACCAGCGUCUCGUUUGGGUCCAAAUACGUGGACUCAGACCCGGCCCACGUCCAGACCCUGAUCUUGGACGAGCUGCAGAGACUCCUCCCACAGCUGCCUCAGCCAAUCAGCAUCAAGACGCACAAGUGGAGGUUCUCCCAGGUGCUCACCUCAGUUCCCGAUUGUCCAGGUCACAUGACGGUUUUGGAUCAGCCGCUCCUCCUUUUGGGCGGAGAUGCGUUCACUCACUCAAACUUCGAUGGCUGCGCCGAGUCCGCCCUGAGCCUGCUGAGUUCGCUCACACAGAGACUGCCGCCGUCACACUGAGCGCGCGCCGACAACGCUCACACAAAAACUGUCCCGCUCUCCCACUCCCCAGACAUGUCCCUCUGUCCCACCUGCCUCAGAGCACUACACCCGGGACUAAACGUGGUGCUACUCUUCAGUGUCUUUUUCUGCUAACACACAUCUGAAAUAAAGAUUUAUCCAAGUCUC